GAGUAUAAAUUUACACAUUCGCUCGAUUAUUGCCUUUUUAUCACCUUGUUCACCAUCAACAUUAUCAAUUAUUUUAUACAAACACCAUCCCAGAAAAAAUGUCAACUAUUCCCACUCUUAUCGUCGCUCCCGCCAUCCUGGCCGCCGGAAUUGCCUACAAGUACUCUGGCGGUCGCGAUGACAACCGGUUUGUCAACACCGCCGGCAUGCGCACCAGGCGCUUCAGCAGUGCCGGCGAAAUGACUAGCAGCAACAAUACUGGUACUGUCGCCGACAUCCACCAGCAACGCACGGUGACCAAUAUUGAGGGCCCUCACCCAAUGGGAGCCAAAUUUGAGCAGGAUUUCCAACCCAAGGUCCCCCUCGACCUUCACCGCGCCGACGCCUUUGUACCCACCAGUAUGCUCAGCACAGAGCAGCACACGAUUGGGACAACCACCAACACUGAUACCAACACUGGUACCAGCAAUGGUAGAAACCUCAACACCAAGUCCUCGCCGUGGAAGCAGAUCCUCUCCAACAACAUGGUCACCGAGAAAAGCGAUUCGACGCAGGGCUAUCCAAACACCACGCAGGGUAUCAAGCGCAAGUCUUGGUGGUACCGCACCUUCCAUGGUAUCACCGGUGAUCUCGGCCCCAUUGAGCACAUGGAGGAUUACAGCGGAUCGCUGCAACAGCAGCAACCUUCUGCGGACAGCGCCAACAUAAUGCAGGGCACUGUGUUCAACUCCAUCGCCCCCGAUAACCAGGAUCAGCUGCUACGCUCAAAGGGCUGGACCAAGGCCAAAGGCCUCGAGUCUGACUCGCCCACCACGCUCAACUCUAUCAGCAAGUCAGCCAAGGACAACGGCACCAGCGACAUCCACAAGGCGUCGCGCGCUGCCGAGGAUGUCACAAAUAACGGUGUCCGCGGCACCCGCGAUGCCCAUACAGCGGCUGCCGAGGCCAUCAAUGGAUCCACCAAUAGAACGUCCGACGGCUGGGGCUGGAACGCCCGCGACGCCAAUGAUUCUGUAUCAGACGCUGCCAGGUCUGCCAGACGCCGCGCCAGCGGUGUUUCUGAUGACGCCAGACAUGCUGCUCAGGAGACCCGUGGCUGGUUCUGGAACAAGAAACAGGACCUGGACGAUGCCGCGUCGGAGACGUCGCGCACUGCCAGCCGCCGUGCCAGUGAUGUCGCUGACAGUGCCAAGCAGACCGCCGACGAGGCGCGUGGCUGGCUGUGGAACAAGAAACAGGAUCUGGAUGAUGCCGCGUCGGAGACGUCGCGCACUGCCAGUCGUCGUGCUAGCGAUGUCGCUGACAAUGCCAGACAUGCUGCUCAGGAGACCCGUGGCUGGUUCUGGAACAAGAAACAGGAUCUGGACGAUGCAGCGUCGGAGACGUCGCGCACUGCCAGCCGCCGUGCCAGUGAUGUCGCUGACAGUGCCAAGCAGACCGCCGACGAGGCGCGUGGCUGGCUGUGGAACAAGAAACAGGAUCUGGAUGAUGCCGCAUCGGAGACGUCCCGCGCUGCCAGCCGCCGUGCCAGCGAUGUCGCUGACAGUGCCAAACAGGCUACCGACGAGACCCGCGGCUGGUUCUGGAACAAAGCUCAGGACGCCGAGGACGCAGUCUCGAAUGCCACCAAUACCAUCAAGCGCACUGUGAGCAAUGCCUCGGACAGCGUAAAGAACGUUGCUGAGGAUACGGGCAGCUGGAUCCGGGACAAGAAGCAAGGGGUUGAUGAGGCCGCCAUCAGCACUAUUGAUGCUGCCAAGGACAACGCGCGCUACGCUAAAGAUGUUGUUGGCGACAAGGCCCAGGAUGCCAAGGAUGCUGUCGUCGACAAGACUUAUGCGGCUACGGAUGCUGUCGUCGACAAGACUUAUGCGGCUACGGAUACUGUCAAGCAGGCCGCUGACGACACUCGCGGUUGGUUCUGGAACAAAAAGCAAGAUGUCAAUGAGGCCGCCGCCAACACUCUUGACGCUGCCAAGGACAACGCACGCUACGCUAAAGAUGUUGUUGCCGACAAGGCCCAGGAUGCCAAGGAUGCCGUCGUCGACAAGACUUAUGCGGCUACAGAUACUGUCAAGCAGGCCGCUGACGACACUCGCGGUUGGUUCUGGAACAAAAAGCAAGAUGUCAAUGAGGCCGCCGCCAACACUCUUGACGCUGCCAAGGAAAACGCGCGCUACGCCAAGGAUGCGGUCGUUGAUAAGUCCCUGGAAGCCCGCGAGGCGCUAAAGUCUAAUGCGCAAUACGUUGAGGAGUCUGCCAGCCAGGCAGCUGACAACACCCGCGAUUGGCUUGCGUACAAGAGGGAUCAGGCCCAGGAUUCCGCCGCUCGCGCCGCCGACUCUGCCAACAACGUUGCUAACCGCACGGCCAACACCGUCGGGCGCACUGUUGAUGCCUCGAGCCAGUGGAUGUGGGACCAGAAGAGCAAGGCCGACCAGUCCAUUGCCAAUGCCGCCGAAACAGUCAAGGAGAGUGCCGAGGAUGCACGUGACAAUGCUCUGCGCAGAGCAGAGUUUGCCGAUCGCUCAUACUGGCAGAGAUCGUAUGACGCUAAUCACCCUGAUGUGAGAAGCGCCACGACCGCCGACUCUGUCCGCCGCUCUGCCAACGACACUGUUGAUUCUGUGCGCCAUUAUGCCAAUGAUGCUGCCGACUCUGCCCGCCGCUGGACCAAUGACCACAUUGACAGUGGUCGGGACAAUAUGCGCGAUGCUGGCGACUCUGCUCGCCGCUCCCUGGACUCUUCCAAGGACGGGUUCAAGCAGCGCCGCGACUCGAUGAUGUCGGGCGUGAGCUCAGACAACUCGGUGCUGCAUGCGCUCGAUGACAAGUUCAACGAGGCGCGCUCUGCGCUGCGCAACACUAGCGAUGAGCUCAAGACCAUGGCUAGCGAUGCUAGCACGCGCGCAUCGCAGAAGAUCAAGGAUGCCGCUGAGAUGGCCCGCCCUACCCCGACUAACGAGGGAUUGGUUAUUGAGGACCAUGAUGGCGGCAACCUCCAUGCACUGAGCUACGACUACCGCGCUGGCAGCCUCGGCGAGCCAACCCGCCAGGACUUUGACUACGAGCAAAAGCUGCGCUUUGUCGAGGUGAACUCGGGCAUCCCCACGCUGAGCUCGACCAGCUACACUCGCGGCUAAAAUGUAUAUUUUUUUGUUUUCUCGUACCAAUUUUCUCUUAUUUUUAUUCAGUUCGAUUUGAAUCGUUUUUAUAUAAAAAAAAGUAUUUUCUUCACUUUCGAAAAUAUGGACCAUUGUCGUCGUUGCUGUUGUCGCCGCUCACAAUGCAUUAAUUAAUUUUUACGCUGGCCCUGGCUGCCACCACCACCGCCAUUAAAUCCGCAAUAAAAUAUUUUUUUUAGAAUAUUAGGCUCGUUGGCAUUGGCCACUGCU